UCCAGAGGCAGUUUGGAACUCUGUAGUGAGUGUUGCAAUCGAGGACACGAUUUUUAUGCUCUUAAGCACUCAGCGGUUCCAUUCUGUGAGUUUGUGUGCCUACCACUUCACAGCUGAGCUGUUGUUGCUCCGUUAUUGAGCCGUUGUCUCCACCUCACAAUAACAGCACUUACAGUUGACCCUUGUUGGAACAGUGGCUUCCUAUGACGGGGGCACAUUGAGUCACUGAGCUCUUUCGUAAGGACAAUGUUUGUUUAUGGAGAUUGCAUGGCUGUGUGCUCUUUUUAAUUUGAUUUGUAUACACCUGUCAGUAACAGCUGUGGCUGAAAUAGUCGACUCCACUAAUUUGAAGGGUUGUCCGCAUACUUUAGGCAAUGUAGUGUUCUUACCAACUUGGGAAUCCAGGGGAAAUUGUAAAAAAAUAAAAAUUGUCAGGUGCCACAUGAUAGAAUUGUCAGGACAAACCAGUUAACAUUGGAUUUAUCAUGUGUUAAUAGAUAUUUGGCUGAAGUGUAAAAAUAUAUAGUGAGCAGAACUAAGCCUUCCAAUGAUCAGCUGUUGAUCCUAUCAUAGAGGGUGGAAAUCACACUUUUUUUUCCUCUUCAUAAUUAGACUUGCUGCUUUUCCGUCCUAGUUAAGGUGGCAGUAUUGUAUCCUGUGAAUCCACAAUCAUAAGGGUAAAUUAGAGACGGAAGCGAUUCAUUUCCCCCCGGUUCAAUUAGUAUUUUUUUCACUUAUUAGCAGCACAGUGGAUAAUUGUGAAUUAAAGUUAAGCAACUUUAUAAAUAAAACAAUACUUUUCGGUUUAGUUGAACAUCUUGUUCAUGUCAGUAUGCGAUCACUUUAUUGAAAUCCUCCAUUAAUCUUCUUUGUGGGUUGAUGCCUUACAGGUGGGUGCCUUCUCCCUUGUUGGUUCAAAUGUUUUCAAUGAAAGUCAAUUAACUAAGACCAUACCCAGCUGUAUUGGUGUCUAUGGGAGACCCACCCAUUGUGACCUCUUUCCAGUACAAGACGUCCUUAAAUCAUGCACAGAUGCGUGCGACUCUUGGCUGCAGUAAGACAUCUGUAACCUAGAUUUACGUUAAUACUUCUAAACAUAAUGUUUUGGGUUCUCAUACUUUGUGAUGUUUUGAUUGUUGCUUGACCAGUCUAAGAUUAUAUUUGGUUGUGAUCUUUGCUAAAUAACUACUUUGGAUGCAGCAGUUGAUUACACUCGUUCACAGUCUGUUGCAAAAGCUAACCAAAUAACAAUUUUACUGGUUGAAGUGUUUAUAAUACAGUUGCUUUGCGAUAGUGACAAACAUUAUAUUAAGCUUUCAUACGAGCCUUAAAAUUAGAAUCCAAAAGUAGUAUGAAAUGCACUCAUAAGCAACAUGUAAAUAGAGGCUUUUUUUGCUUGCGUUCUGUAAGAACUCCUUCGUGUUCUGCCACCAACUUGCGCGCAUCGCCCUCGUGCGGGAAAGCGCGCGGUUAAGGCCUGUGUGAACUGUCGUCAGUUUUCAAACUGAGGCGCAACAUCGCGGGAACGCUUGCGAAAAGACCAGGCCGGGGUUUGAGUAGUCAAUGACAGAAGUGAAACGUUCUUCAUUAAAGUUCAUUUUCUCAAUCUAAAGAUCCAGCCUAAAUUCAAGCAAAUGUCAUAAGAAGUUGAACAUUUUUUUUUAAUCCAAUCUCGUGAAAGUGACGAACUGACACGUUUUUGUCGAAAACAACUUUAUAUCAAAGGAGUGCAUUUGAUUUGAGAGCUUGCAUAUGCGCAGUUCAGCACGAGACGACGGAUAAUAUUAAGUGUUUCUGAGCAUGAGUUUUAGCUAGCCAUGACAUCGCCUACAGGUGUGAUCGGGGAUUUCUGUUGGAGACAGAAAUUGCUUCAAUCGUCAUACUGUUCUUUCUUUGAUAUUGUCAUUUAUCCACGGUCCUUGCCAUACGUCCCAAUGGCAAGGACGUCCCAAGGAUUCCGAAUAGCACUAGCCAUUUAUUCACCAUCUGAGUGAAGUUUAAUAUUUUGACAAAGGUGAAAGAGAUUGACCCGGAACAACAUAGCUAAGUAGCCGGAAAGAGGUAUACAGAAAUAGUAGUUUGCAAAAAGAGGGAUGUAUCCAGCUAGAUUGGACCUGACUAGCUAACGUUGUAAAAGUAUUAAUCUACGUUUAGAGUUUUUGUUUUGUAGAAUGACAGGCCAAGAAUAAGUUUUUCCUGUCCGCAUUGGCUAGCUAGCUUGUGAGCUAGCUAGCAUAAUACCUCCCACCGAUACGGGUUCUACGGGAAAUGGUCGACGUUCUCAUGUGCCCAUGGAGAAGGCGGUCUUUGAGGGGUGGCUGGAGUCAGUCUCCGCCUCUUUCCUCUCGCUUAGUGACCAGCAGCGCAACCAGUCCCUGGACCAGCUCAUCUCGCUGAGUAAUGCUGUCCAGCUCCGGCACCUGUCCAAUGGGCUGGAGGCGCUGCUUAAGAGGGACUUCCUGCGCCUGUUGCCCCUGGAGCUCACUUUCUACCUGUUGCGGUGGCUGGACCCGCAGACCCUGCUUACCUGCUGCCUGGUGUGCAAGCAGUGGAACAAGGUGAUCAGCGCGUGCACAGAGGUGUGGCAGGGCGUGUGUCGGGACCUGGGCUGGCGCAUCGACGACUCCAUCCAGGAUGCGUCCCACUGGAAGGGUGUCUACCUCAAGGCCAAGCUGCGCAUGAUGCAGCUGAAGAACCAGGAGGCGUUUGAGACGUCGUCGCUCAUCGGGCACAGUGCGCGCGUCUACGCCCUCUACUACAAGGAUGGCCUUCUCUGCACAGGCUCUGAUGACCUUUCUGCCAAACUGUGGGACGUACGCACCGGGCAGUGCAUCUACGGCAUUCAGACGCACACCUGUGCCACGGUGAAGUUUGAUGAGCAGAAGCUGGUGACUGGUUCCUUUGACAACACCAUCGCCUGUUGGGAGUGGAGCACGGGGGCCAAGAUCCAGCAGUUCCGUGGGCACACGGGUGCAGUGUUUAGUGUGGACUACAAUGAUGAUCUGGACACACUGGUGAGCGGCUCGGCCGACUUCUCUGUGAAGGUGUGGGCGCUGUCGGCAGGCGCUUGCCUCAACACCCUGACGGGACACACCGAGUGGGUCACCAAGGUGAUUCUCCAGAAGAGUGAAGUAGAGUCCAUGGUCCACUGUCCUGGCGACUACAUCCUGUUGAGUGCUGAUAAAUUUGAAAUAAAGGUUUGGCCUAUAGGCAGGGAAAUCAACUGCAAGUGUUUGAAGACCCUGUCCGUGUCAGAGGACCGCGGUGUGUGUCUGCAGCCUCGCCUGCAGUUUGAUGGCCGCUACAUUGUCUGUAGCUCGGAUCUGGGGGUCUACCAGUGGGACUUUGCCAGCUUCGAUAUCCUCAGGGUCAUCAAAACGCAGGAACCUACCAACCUCUCCCUGCUCAGCUUUGGUGAGGUGUUCUCGCUCCUCUUUGACACCGACUUCCUGUAUGUCAUGGAUCUGAGGACAGAAAAAAUAACUGGCCGCUGGCCCCUGCCCGCCUACAGGAAGUCCAAACGAGGCUCCAGCUUCCUGCCGGGAGUCACCUCCUGGCUCAAUGGGCUGGAUGGGAGAAAUGACUCUGGUCUCGUGUUCGCCACCAGCAUGCCCGAUCAUAGCAUUCACUUGGUUCUGUGGAAGGAAAACACCACUAGAGGUGAAACCUACGAUGGCUAGGUUGUCAACUGCCAUGUAAACGGGCUGCUCCGACUUGAAACCCAUAGCCAAGUUAGAUAAUGCAUGGACCAAAGUCUUAAUGUUUUUUCUACCUUUUCUUUCUCGACACAUGCUCUCAUAAUCAAACAUCAUGCCACGUGCUUUCAGAAAGACUAUUGGAGGUGGUUUCACCAACUGAAACGCUGCUAUGAAUACAAGGGUGUGAAAGGCCCAGUUCAGAGGGCAAAGGCAGCGGUUGGUGUUAGUUCCAACCCUGCCAUGGGUUCUCUCUUGAAGGAAAUACGACGACGGGGAGGGUGGCUGAAUGAAGACAGAACUCUCGAAAAACUGCGUGGUCAUGUCAGGCUCUACAGCUGUAGAUAUUUCCCCUGUAUUACUAUGUAUCUGGACCUUUACACUUCGGACAGGGUUCUUCAAGCAGCUCAGAGACGGGGAGUUGCCUUAACACAGUACUACUUUACAAUGAAAUGCAUUAUGACUGUGUCCUAGGUUUUUCAUAGACUGUGACCAACUAUCCCCAUGAGAGUUCCAUGUUGACAUUUUCAAAGUGGUUUAGUGCAUUUUGUACAAUGUGAAGCAUUUGUUGGAUAUUCAGUGUAACUCCAUUGUUUGAUAAUGCUUUUCUUAGUGGUGCUUGUUUUAAAAGUCAACUUGAGAAAUUUA